GGGCGCCGGAGACGCAGCGGCGGCGGUAGCGUGCACGGGGAGCGGGCGGCAGGAACAAAGAAGAGCCGCUCCGGCCGGUCGCGCGUGUUUUUGGGAAACGACCCGUCGGUUCGCUCCGUUCAGCGCGGAAGGACGUUUCCGCUUCUUCGCCGCGGGAGUUUGGUGCCUCGCUUCGCGGGCGGAGGCUCUCUGUCCCCCGGUGACGGUGGAGGAAACUUGACGUCGUUUUUUUUUUUUAAUUUUUUCUCCUUCUUUUGGUCCGGUCGCCUUUUCUCUAAACCCCAUUUUUUCCUGAUAAUUCGUUUGCCCUUUUGGAUUUUCUGGUGGCGAGAGGUACCGAGAGGAGUUCCCUCCGGCUGCGAGGACCCGCCGUGUCACCGCUGCGCUCAUGAGGUAACGUCUGGACCUCGUGUCCCCCCCCCCCCCCCUCCCCCUCAUUACCAUAUUCCCCCCCACACCCCUCGGACCCACCCAGCCAUGGGCCAGAAGAUCUCCGGCAGCAUCAAGUCGGUGGACGUACGCGGGGAGCCGUCGUACCGGCCGGUGCGGCGCGAGCUGCGGGGCCCGGACUUCUGCCGCCCCCCCCGGCUGGACCUGCUACUGGACAUGCCGGCGGCGAGCCCCGAGGCCCAGCUCCGCCACGCCUGGAACCCGGACGACCGCUCGCUCAACGUCUUCGUGAAGGAGGACGACAGGCUGACGUUCCACCGCCACCCGGUGGCGCAGAGCACGGACUGCAUCCGCGGCAAGGUGGGCUACACCCGGGGGCUCCACGCCUGGACGCUCCACUGGCCGGCCAGGCAGCGGGGCACCCACGCCGUGGUGGGCGUGGCCUCCGCCGAGGCGUCGCUGCACUCGGUGGGCUACACGGCGCUGGUGGGCGCCGACGGCGAGUCCUGGGGCUGGGACCUGGGUCGCAACAGGCUCUACCACGACGGGAAGAACCGGCCGGCCUCCGCGGCGGCGCCCACGUACCCCGGCUUCCUGGCGCCGGACGAGUCCUUCGUGCUGCCGGACUCGCUGACCGUCGUACUGGACAUGGACGAAGGGACGCUGAGCUUCAUGGUGGACGGACAGUACCUGGGAGUGGCCUUCAGGGGGCUGAAAGGCCGCAGGCUGUUUCCCAUCGUCAGCGCCGUGUGGGGCCACUGUGAGGUUUCUAUUCGCUACGUCAACGGGCUGGAUCCGGAGCCCCUCCCCCUCAUGGACCUGUGCAGGCGAGCAGCUCGACUGGCUCUUGGCAGAGAGCGCAUCCAUCACAUCGACGCCCUCCCUCUGCCGCAGACGCUGAAGAACUACCUCCAGUACCAGUGACCCCCCCCCCCCCCCCCCCACACACACACACACACACACUGGGAUGGGGAGGUGCUCUCUGACUAGGGGGGGGGGGGCUUCUGUUUACGACUUUUGGGCGUCGUCCAGCUUUGAAUGUUUUAUCUGGUUUUGUCUUUUAAAUCCGAAUGAUUGAAACGAGGGACGAACCGACGAGCUUCCUUCUGAGAGAAUGUUGGUGUUUAUAUUUAGAUUCCAACUACACAGCAGGCCGUGAGGGGGGGCUCUGUUAGUGUGUACACAGUACACAUGGAUUACACACAGUGUUUCAUGUGUACACAAACACAGCCUCAGUUGACAGGUGGUUACCCCCAGGCUUCCCCCCCCCCCCCGAAUCUCUGUCUCUCUCCUCUCAUCACGCGCUCCAGUUUGAUUUAAGCCUCCAGCAUGUUUGAAUGGGGGGGGGGGGGGUUUGUCUGGCUGCUGUUAGAUUACAAUUCAUCGGCUGAAGUUGUGUGUUUGUCGCUGUGAGACGGAAACACGCACACAUAACAUGUCAACCCCCCCCCCCCACGCACACAAACUCACUCAAGUUUUUAAUGCUGCUUUUCCAUCUUUUUAUUCCAUCAUUUUUAAACCCGUGUGAUUUUUUUUUUUCUAUGCCUGAUUAUGUUUUCACGAUGUUCUGGUUUUGAGAUGUUUCUUUCAUGUCACUGUGUGCAUCUCCUCGUAGUCACACGUAUUUUAAAUGAGUCAAAUGUGCUGCCAUGAGAAGCUUUUAAACGUGAAUAAAGAAACUCUGCUCAAGUC